GUUUAUGCAGUGGGCGUUCAUUGGCAUGGUCGGCGUUUUUUGGGUGCAGUUGAGCAUGCAGUUUCUUCACUAUGGCCUUCGCUGGUCGAAGUACAUCACCCGCACGGGCUGCGCCCUGGUACUGUGGAUACCGGUGAUGGUGGGCGUCGGUCUUGA